ACAAACGUUAAGUUAGGACCCUCUAAAAUAGGUGUAAUAUGUAUUUUAAGUAAUCAUAGUUAUUAGGUACACUUUAAUAGCACAGGAACAAAAUUAAUGUUACAUGGAAACAAGGCCAAAUAAAAUUACAAGCUUCUACUUUGAAAACGUAUACGUGAACCUAUACUACUGGAAAGUAAACGUAACUUUACCGCACUGUUAAAUAUUUUUUAUUAAUAUUUCAAAUGGAACCUAGUGAAAAUUUAGACUUUGUAAAAUUAAUUAACAUAAGAGCUAAUAUUGAUAACAUUACGCCUCACAAAAUUGCUGUAGUAGCUUUCAUUCGUGAAUAUGGACUUUUAAAAAUAGAAGCAAAAAGAAUGGUGGAUUGCGCUGUGGCUCCAAAAUAUAGAAAGGAUUUUUGUAUGCUAGCCCUCAAAUUAAUACAGUGUCCAGACAUGGAGUUCAAAGAAUUAGAAUCACUUCUCACGGAUGGUCGGUACAAUUUAUUAAGUGUUCACCUACAAAAUUUUUGUGUUAGACUGCAGAAUAUUUAUGUGAAUGGAAUUAGUGCUCUUGUGGACUGUGUCACAUCAACUGUUGACAAACUUAUGAUUGAGCAGAAUGAGACCAAUCCUUGUAUUAUAACAAGGUACAGUGUGUUAGGGCUGUAUCUUAGAAGAAUAUUGUUGAAUUUAGAGAAAUUAACAUUUGUGCAGACAGUUGCACUUUAUAAAACAUUUUGUCUCUAUUAUCAGAAGGGCAGGCCUGGCCUUAUGAUGCGAUCGUUAAGCAAGGAGAAAUUAAAUAAUAUGGAAGGAGUUGGAAUAUCAGCAACUAAUGAAGACCCACGACCACUUGAGCUGUCAAUUAAAAUGAAUAUUGUAGAUCGGAACAAUUUAUUGGAGGAAGGGCAAUGGUCAAGGAAACAAGCAGAAUUAUUUACAGCUCAGCAAGCAAAUUUGUUACAAAUCAACGAGAAAAAAGCUCUACCUCCACCUCAGUUGCAAAAAAUGAUAAUGCAAAUUAUAAAUGAUCUCCCAGACUACUCAGAUAUUCAUUUUUUGAGUUUCUUGAAUUGCUUACGAAUGAAAGAGUUUUGUGGUGCUCAAGAUUCCCUUUACAAUUGUUUUGAUCGGACCGUAUUCAGUUUACCCGGAAACAAUAUUUGCACGGAUAGAAAUAAACAUUUCCGUUACGCGGCUCUGAAUCGAGCUGCAAUGCACACACAUUUUGGUCACAAAGAGCUAGCAAUGGAGAGCGUGCGGGAGUCUGUGUCUCGUGCGCAGGAGGCGGGGGACAGUGCGUGCGUAGGUGCGGCGGGCGCGUGGGGUGCGCUGGCGGGAGGGCGGGCCCCCCGCGCCGCUCUGCUCGCUCACGCACCACGUUCCCCCCGUGCGCCCCGCUUGUUAGCCUCGGCCGCGCAGCUGCUCGCACAGCACGCUGCGCUCAAUGCAGCUAAACCCGCCGACGUUUUUCAGAUUAUAACCAGAGGAGAUACGAUUAAUUAUCUCCAUUCAAUGACUGAUUUGACCGUGGCGGGACUCGCGAAUACGGCUGCUCUUUGGGCGCUGUACGGAUUCACUGAAAUGGCUUCAGUUAAUUGCCAGCUUCUUCUCAAUCUCAAUGCUAAAUGCAGUGUCGUGUCGGAGGCGGCGGGCGCGCUCGGUGUGGCGGCGUGGCGCGGCGCGGGCGGUCUGUGUGCGGCGCUGGCGGCCCACUUCCCCUGCCCCGCCACCGCCGCGCUCGCUGCACGCGUUUGUGCACACCGCGCGCUCUUAGCCGGUAAAUGGGAAGAGGCAGAUGAAGGUAUACGCCAGCUUGCAUCAUCGGACCGAUGGGAAAGUCAACUAUUGAAGGCUGAAAUGUAUUUCUUAAAGGGUGAUGCGAUGGAGGCUCUCGAUUCUUUACAAGACGUAUUAGAUUUUUGUAAAACUGAAGACGAUAGUUACCAUUUCAUUUCAUUGCGACUGAAAGCCAUGGUACUCAUGUCCCAAGUACAGCAAUGCUUUAGUAGCGUGCAGUCUGCGAACAUUAUGCUGUUGAACGAAGCUUUAGCCUUAGCAAAGAAGUAUCACUUGCAUUAUUGGGCGACAACUGUUGAAAUGCACAUAGCCAAUGUACAGUUGAAUAUGGGCUGUUCGAAAAACGCAUUAGUUCUAGCUAGAAAAGCGUUACCUUUCAUUAUGGCGCACGGUAGUGCGUAUGAUUUAGGAAGAGCCAUGUUGCUGUACACGAAAUGUCGCAUAGCUUCAGCACCUAUAUCAGGUGAAUCACGCACUAACGUACUGCAGUCCUGCUGUGAGGCCCUAGAACUAGUUAAAAAGAACUUCACUAAAGUCGGAGCUCAUUCUCGAUUGGUUCAAACUCUGUAUUUGCAGGCGCAUUUGUAUAAUGAUAUUGGUAAUCAAUCAGCUCGGAAUCAAUGUGCGUGGUUAUAUAGACAACUUGAUCAACAAAAUCCAAUCGAAGCAACUAAAAUGUUAUUAGUCAUGUAUUAACAACAAUACCGAAUUGUUACAUACCACUAAAUUAUAUUGAAUUGGAUUUAUAAAAAACAUAACAACAUUCAAAAUAUUUUAUUAAAUGAAAAAAAUGAA